AUGGAGGUCUCAGCGAUACAGCCUGUGGUGUCGCCUGUGCCUAGCGCUCAUAACGGACGCUCUCAGAACAAGACCCGUGGCUGCAGCACACAUACGAACAAGCUUUCCUUUUCCCAAACGAUCUCGUCACUCAAGGGCAUCAUUCGGAUACCGAACCGCAGGAAGCUUUCCACACCCCGCAUUCACUUCCACUCUCAGUCGCAAGAUGAUGCGGACAGCACCAAGUCCACCUCCAACCCCCAUUUCACCUCCAGACCGCGGCCCACGCACGGCCUCUCGCACUCGCUCGACACGCAGGCCCAUCUGCACUCGCGCAUGCGGAGCACGGGUACUGCUGCGUCCAACGGGAGUGGAAAUAUCGACGGCAUUAUCUCUGAUACUGAAGACUACGAUAAACAACAAAGGCGGAGGAGCAACAUCAAGAAUGACCCGUAUGCGCAGUUCUCGCGCACGGCAGAGGGCCUGAACUAUACUUACAAGCCAUAUAUGUCCCAGCCAAUGCUUGGCGCUGAGCUCUCCCGGGGCACUGGUGGGGAUGAGUUGGUCACUGGUUAUGAUUCAGAGUCUGGCUCUGCUUCUGGGUCGGGAUAUGGAGGGGGUGGUCGUUCGCCUGUUGGGACAGCGCUGCCAUCCCCAUCGCCCUCUCCGACUCCAGUCUUAUUGUCAUCUCCUCCUGCUAUACUCCCGGCGACGGAGGUAGCCUUUUCUUUGGGUGGAAAAGUGGAAGAUACGUUAAUCCAAGUGCAGCACGGCGAUCAGGGAGAUGAGGGGGAGAAGGAGGGGGAUAUUAAUGAUCUCUAUGAUGGCAAAGCUGGAGGUUCUCUUAACAACGCCGCACCUAGCGACACGAACACGGACACGAACACAAACACGAACAUUGGUACUACUGCUAAUACUGCACAAUCUACAACUCUAGCUCAAAUUUCAUCGUCUACAUUUACACCUACGUCAACUAUUCAAACUAAUUCACAUGCCCGCUCCAACUCACCCUUGCCAUUAUUACCUCUACCUGAUGGACCCUCUUCGUUGACAUCUGCGUCUACAUCCGGGGCAGCAUUGCGCCCGCGUAGCAGCAACGGCAGCGGUAGAACACCUGCACCCAGACGAAUUCCACAACGUUAA